AUGUAUACCGUCUGGUACCUGUUCCAAGGUGGGAGCCGUCUCGUCCGCUGGGCGGCCGCUCUUGCAGGCGCCAAAAAGCCCGACUCUCCUCCCCCCCGCGCCGCGUCCUCCGGCAACAAGCAACACCGACGCGCCGAGGCCGGCAGCAACGCCGUUGAACCAUCGAUGCACACGCCUCCCAUCGACGGAGGCGGGACCGACCACGACGGCGGCGGCGGGGAGGACAGCGGCGCCCCCCCCCCUGCUGGCGGUCUAUCGGAAGGGGGCCUGUUCACGUCCUCCCCGCUGCGGCACCGGUUUCGUUCGGCCAGGCGAGGGUUGACCAGCAGCGGGUGGUCUUCGCCGUCUACUUCGUCCACGGCAGGGUGGGUCGGCGGGGGCGGGGGCUCCGGGGCGGGAGGGG